AUGUCUGAACCAGGCCCAGAAUCCAUCCCUACAAGCGCAGAUCCACGCAGCAAGCGACCAACGAAACGGCGUGCCGUGACACCGCAUUCCGAGGUCGCCAACGAGAUCCAGACACUCUUCAAAGAUCCAAGUAAAGACCUGCACCUAGCGGAAGUCCAGAAGCCACGCACCGUAGCGUCGCUCUCGGCACCGCCGGAGAUAGUCACCAAUGUGCAGGGAUCAUCGGCCGGUGCGGGCUCCGGCGAGUUCCAUGUGUACAAGGCUAGUCGGCGGCGGGAGUUUGAACGACUGCGGAUGAUGCAGUCCGAGGUGGAUGCCGAGAAGAAUAAUGAGAUUUGGGAAAAGGAGCGGGAGGAGAGGAAGCGCAAGGAUGAUGAGAAGACGGAGAAGAAUCGAAGGAGGAGGGAGAAGAAGAAGAAUGCACGUGGCAAGAAGGGUAGUAGUGAUCAGAACGAAAAUGCUCAUGUGGAGAGCUCAGCUAUCCCAGGCUCGAUGGCCACUAUGGAAGACGACCAGGAUGGAGGCGCCUUGGAUGGCCAAGUGGCCCAGCAGGAAGUUCCUGGUGUGAUUAUCCAUGAUGAGGACUAG